AACGGCGUUUACACCUUUUUCUUACUUUCCUUUGAAUUUAUCUUUCCCCUCAAAAUUUGCCCUAAUUCCAUAAUCCCCCCCUACGAUUCCAAACUCCCCCAAUCUUCGCUGCCAAUUUCAUCUCCGGUUAACCGGCGGCCAUCUCUCACCCUUUAAUUUCUCCCAAUUUUAACCCUAACCCUGAAAAAACCCUAACUGUUUAUUCACUCUAUGUAAUUCCAACUGCAAUUGCACAACUAAGUAUACACAAUGGCGAAAGGGAAGCUUAUAUUAAUCUGCCAAGCCGGAGGUGCGUUUGUGACAAAUGAUGAUGGAACAAUGACGUAUAAUGGAGGGGAAGCCAAUGCAGCAAAUGUCACUUCUGAGACUCCAUUUAAUGAUUUGAAGUUAAAUUUGGCCGAAACAUGUGAUAUAAAUCAGGAAACUGUUAGUGUCAAGUAUUUCCUGCCAGGAAACAAGCGAAAUUUGAUUACUGUAAAGAACGACAAGGAUGUCAAAAGAAUGAUCGAUUUUCAUGGGGAUGCAUUAACAGCAGAAGUGUUUGUUAUGGGAACACCGGGUUAUAUUCGUAAAGCCCCAGAUAUUGAAACUAACGGGCAAACCAGUACCAAAAUUGAAGAGGCUGUAAACAAUAAUGAUGAGAGUACGCAGAAAGAUGAGAAGGUUAAACAAGCUAAAGUGGGUGCCAAGAAAGAUAAGAAGGUGAAGAAAGAAGAUAAGGCAGCCAAAAGUCCAAUGGCAUCUCCAGCUACGAGGACACGCCGUGCUGUUGCUGCUGCUAAAGCUGAUACAGCUUCACAUGAGAAAGGAAAAAGGAAAAAGGUGUCCAAGAAUGCUAAUAAGUUGGAGGGUUCUGUGGGUGUUACCUCUUCAAGUGCUGCUUCUGAGCAGGUCAAAGAGAAUGUUGGUGCGGAACGUAGCUCUGAGUAUGCGUCAAGUAGGUAUCCAAAGCGGAAGAAGGGCACCAAUCAGAAUGAGACAGAUCCUAAUGCUAGCCCUAUCGACAGUGCAAAGAAACGAAAACGGACUCCGUCUUGGAAAUUGGAUGCUAAUGGUGGUCCCACUAGCAUUGCUGAUUCUGUAGGGUUAAAAUCUAGUGGUUCUGGAUGCAAAAGUUCGCAGAGAAAAAGUGGCAGGUUAGCUGCGAAACGAGAGGGUUCUCGAGAAACAAAAUCAGGAAAAAAGAGAGGGCGCCCGCGUACUAUUACUGAGGAUCAAGAACUUGUCGAGGCUGUGAGACCCUCUGCCCUUGUCACCUGUGAUGAUGAUGUGUCAGCUGAAACUUUAGUUACCAUAUGGAAGUCAGCCAUUACUGGUGUUGGUCAAGAAUUUACAAAUGUACACGAGUUCCAAGAAGCGUUGCAAAAAUAUGCUAUGGCAAAUGACUUCGAGUUUAAGUUAAAGAAAAAUGAUACAAAUCGUGUUGCUGGUCAAUGUGCCUUUGAAGGAUGUUCUUGGAAGUUCAAUGCCGUGUUGGUCCCAUCCACUCAAUCUUUCAAAAUAAAGACGAUGAAAAAUGUCCAUACAUGUGAUAACAAAUCAAAGAACUGGUUGGUAAAUACUAUAACCGAUAGGCUGAAAGAAUCGCCUCAUUUGAAACCAAAUGAAAUAGCUAAUGGACUCUUAAAAGGCUUUGGUGUUGCGUCAAACCCCACACAAGCAUCAGAUGGAACAGGUAUUUUGCAAGAACAGUUUUAUGAAUCAGAUAAAGCCGAGUAUAAUAAAUUACCGUGGUUCUGUGACAAGAUCAUGGAAACAAAUCCUGGUAGCAUUUCAAAACUCAUUGUUGGUGAGAACAAAAGAUUCAAAGCCUUUUUUGUGUCUUUUUACGCGUCCUUAUGUGGAUUCCAGAGUGCUUGUCGCCCCCUUCUUUUUCUAGAAGCUACCUCUUUAAGGUCCAGACAUGGUGAGUUUCUGCUGACAGCUAAUGCCAUUGAUGGAAAUGAUGGAUUUUUCCCUGUUGCAUUUGCUAUUGUAGACGUUGAGGAUGAUAACAAUUGGCAGUGGUUCUUGGAACAGUUAAAAUCUGCAAUCUUGAACUCACCACCUAUCACCUUUGUGUUUGAUAGAGAAAAGAACUUGAAAACAUCUAUUCUUGAAGUUUUUCCAGAUUCUCAUGUGGGUUACUCGAUUUACCAUCUUCUGGAGAGCUUCAAGAGAAAUGUUAAAGGUCCGUUUCAUGGCGAUGGUAAAUCUUUCUUGCCGGUACAUUUCUUGGCUGCAGCACAUGCAGUCCGUCUUGUUGGUUUUAGGAAGUCAACAGAGCAGAUUAAGCUGAUUUCAUCACAGGCAUAUGACUGGGUCAUGCAGAUUGAACCUGAACAGUACACGAGUUCGUCUUUUAAGGGUGAGCGUUAUAACCACAUUACAGAUGAUGUUGGUGGACCACUUGCAAAAUUAAUGGAGGAUUAUCGGGAGUUACCGAUUUUACACAAAAUAGAUGCCAUCAUACGUACCAUGAUUGAUGCCAUAACCGAUGCUAAUUUGGAUGGAAGUAUGUGGUCAACCCACUUAACUCCAUCAAAGGAGAAAGAUCUACAAGAAGAGAAUCUUAGAUCAUGUGGUUUGAAAGUGUUGAUUUCUUCUGAUACUUUGUUUGAGGUUCGUGAAGAUUCAACCCAUGUUGUGAAUACUAGUACUUGGAGUUGUACUUGCUUGGGGUGGAAAGAAACAGGCUUACCGUGUCGCCACGCUCUCGCAGUGUGUGCAUUGAUUGGUAGAAACCCGUAUGAGUUUUGCUCAAAUUACUUCACAGUUGAUGCUUAUCGUUUAACCUAUAUAGAGUCCAUAAACCUGGUACCCAUUGAAAAGGAAGAAGGUGAAAAGAUGGAGGUUGAUAUGGCAUGGGUUGAAAUUGAAGAAGCUUCAAAAAUAGAAGGGGCAAAUGAAGAAAGUCUUGAAAAGAUUGUAGUUGACGAAGGAAAUUGUGAAAACAUUAUAAUUGUGGAAGAAAAUGGUGAAAACAUUAUAAUUGAGGAAGAAAACAUUGGAACAAUUGAAGUUGCGGAAGUAAUUGGUGAAAAGAUUGAAGUUGUGGAAGAACGUAUCGAAAACAUUGAAGUUCAGGAAGAAAAUGGCGAAAAAACAGGGACGAAUGCUGGAAAUGAAAAGGAAAUAGAGGCCGAAAUAGAAGAAAGCGAUAAGGUCGAUAUUGAAAAUGAGGAUGAAAAGAUAGAGAUAGAGAAACUAGGGGGUGAAACAGAUGAAGUUUUGGAAGUAGGGGGUGAAAAGGAAGAAGGUAUGAAAGUGGAGGAUGAAAAGGUGGAGGUUGAGAAAGUUGAGGUUGAAAACGGUAAUGAAAAGAUUAGAGAAGAAGAUGAUCCAGAGGUCCUAGUGCUUCCUCCUAUUCCUCCAAAACCAGUUGAUGUAAUGACAGAAAAGACGGAAUGGGAUGAAGCAGAGGUUGAAACAAAGAGAACAGUAACGUGCACAAAGUGCAAGCAGCCCGGCCAUAAUAAGAAGUCUUGUACUCUGUACCAGGCGGCACAACAAGCUUGUUGACUUUGGGCAACUAGUACGCUCGCAACCCUUAAAACUGUAGGCAUCAUUAUACAAGUACAAGACAUAUCAGGUAUGAUUAGAAGUCAUGUGAGACCAGAUUAAAUAGGUUUUGUUAAUAUGUAUCAUAUGAAUCUCAUUUGAACUUGUCUUAUUUGAGAACCUUUUUUUAGGUCUAUAUAGCGUUUGAACUACUUAGUUUUUUUUUUAAACAUGGCAAGUCUUGUAGGAAGUGUUAUUCUUGUGAAAGGUAAGAAAAUGACAAUGAAUAAGGACUUCCCUUUCUAGUCCUAGUGAAACCGAGAAACUUGGAUAGGGUCGUAUUAUUCCUUAUUCUGCUUAUUUGAAAAUUGAUAUAUGCUAUACAACUAUGAUUAACUUUUA